AUGUGCCUACUUGCCGAGGUGAACCCACGUACGGAGAGUCUGUGCUCUCAUGUUUCAGCCUUCUCUUCAUGCAGAGCCAGCAGGCCUACGUUCCCAGAAGCCUUUGAGACGUUCAGUAGUUUCAGGAAGUUUUUCCCGACGGUUUCCUCGUACUGCUUCUGUUCUGACAGCAGAGGCAGAGAGCUGGACAACACAGGUGUGGAGCUCCUCCUGUCUGAGGUCUACGACUCGGCCUUCUCCGGUCUUCGGUCCGGUCGCUCCUUCUCUCAGACCAACAUCUACAGAGUCCUGCGGAGGAGGAUGCUGGGAGUCCGGCUCGCCCUCACCGGACACUUCAGAUGUCCGUCUCCCUGUGAGGAGGAGCGGCGGGCAGCGAUGGAGGCGUCCAGCGUCUUCGUCCCGUCCUGUGAGACCGGAGGAGCCUUCGCCUCCAGACAGUGCCAGCAGGGGGGGCAGUGCUGGUGUGUGGACCCCACGGGGAGGGAGCUUCCUGGGACACGACAGCAGGGAGACACCCCGGUCUGCAGUUCAGGUCUUGCCGACUGUCCCUCUCGGCGUCGCCUGGCUCUGUCGCGGCUCUUCUCCGGUCCCGUUGAUCCGCCCAUCCUGGCCUCCUCUGGCAGAUCUCCGGCCUCCUGUCUCCCCUCCUCCGUCCUCUCGUGGAGCUCCUGCCGGUGGAGGCGGAUCCGACCUCCUUCCUGUCUCAGCUGGUCGAAGUCCUCCACGGUCUCUUCCCCUCGGUGGGCGGGGCUCUGCAGGCUCUGGCUCGCUCCUCCCCCCGUCGCCUCCAGGAGAACCUGUUCGGAGGGAAGUUCCGGCUCUGGAGGACCCGCCUUCCUCUCGGCCCUCCAACAGACACUGAGGGAGCUCAGCAGCUCGCAGUCUCUGGACCAGGUUCUGGCUCCUCUGCUGCGUUCCUGCUCCGGAGACGGGGAGGAGGACACGGCGGCCGUCUUUGUCCCGAGCUGCACGUCCAGCGGCGGUUUCCAGGAGGUCCAGUGUCUGGGUGGAGAGUGCUGGUGUGUCGACGCUCAGGGUCAGGAGGUGGCGGGGUCGCGUGUCGUCGGCCGUCGACCUCGAUGUCCGUCCCGCUGCGAGAGAGAGCGAGCGAUGGCGCUGAAGGUGAAAGGAAAGCUGGCGGCCGGGGCUGAGAUCCACGUCCCGGCGUGCUCUGAGGACGGAGACUUCCUGCCGCUGCAGUGCGUGGGACCACGCUGCUUCUGUGUGGACGCUGAGGGCAGAACAGUGUCUGCGGGGCCAGCAGGGGGCGCCGUCACCUGUAAGAUAUCACUGCUGACCAACAUCUCAUGUCACAGCUGCUGAACAUUUACAUGCUUCAUUUUUCAAAGUUUAGGAAAAUGUGCGAAACUACUGACGGCCUGUUUAUUCUCCUGUGUCGACGCAAACCGCAAGAACUGUGAUUGGUCGGCUUGGUGGCGUCGCAUUUCCUCCAACGUGUUUCCGGCUCGUCCUUCUUCUUCUUCCUCGAGUGGUUUGAGGGUCGAACGCACCAUCUCCUCUCCUUUCUGCUUUUCGGUAAAAGUAACUGAUGUUCAACACGAUGCGUUCACUUUCAGCCGCCACCGUUUCUCGCAGCCGACACCAACGAAGAAGAAGAAGGAAACUGUAACGCACAAGUGUAAAUGCUAAGGACGGCGUGUAGUCAGCGUCGACGCAGAAGUAUAAACUGGCUCUCCUGUUAAUCAUCAACCCUUCAGCCCUCGUGGGGGUCACGACCCUCAGCUUGGGAACCACCGGUCCAAAGACAGGAGAGAUGGUCCCUGCAGCUUUCUUUGC